AUGAUUGCCUUCUGCUCGAGCAUCUACACAGCUGCUAUUCCCUCGAUCACACAUGCAUAUGGCUGCUCAUCAACCGUAGCUGCGCUAGGGAUUACAACCUUCCUACUGGGAUUCGCAUCCGGGCCGCUGCUGUUUGCGCCGCUGUCGGAAGUGUGGGGUCGCAAUACGAUCUUCCGGUUCGUGCUGGGGCUUUUCGUUUUGUUCCAGAUUGGCUGUGCUCUAGCCCCCAACGUGGCAUCGAUGAUUGUCUUUCGUUUCUUCUCCGGCUUUUUCGGAUCUCCCACGGUAACCAACUCAGGCGGGUCUAUCACCGACAUCUGGCCUCAAGAAAACCGGUCUGUGCCUCUGGCCCUCUUCUCUGCGGCUAGCUUCCUAGGGCCUGUUAUUGCGCCUAUGGUGGGGGGUUUCAUUUGCCAGUACACAUCAUGGAGGUGGAAUUUCUGGGUAGUGCUUAUCAUCAGUGGGGUCUGCUAUGUGGCAAUGAUGAUAUUUCUCCCUGAGACAUACCUACCUAAGCUGCUCAUGGAUAAAAGACGACGCAUGCCGGGUUAUUCCCCAGCUAAUCACCCCCCUGUCAAGGAGAUACUGUACACGACGCUAACCCGUCCAUGGCUGAUGCUAUUCACGGAACCAAUCCUGUUUCUGCUGUCCCUGUAUAUGGCUUUUAUCUACGGCAUUCUCUACCUGGAUUUCACCGCCUAUCCUGUCGUCUAUCAUGAGACACGAGGCUGGGCGGCUGGCACUACAGGGCUUUCCUUUCUAGGGAUAUGCGUUGGUAUGGCCAUCGCCACCCUGACUUCGCCAUAUGUCAAUCGAAUUUAUGGCAUAUACACCCGGCGACUAGGCGGCUCUCACCCGGAGGCCCGUCUCCCGCAUCUGAUCAUCGUCUCCUGGCUGAUCCCAAUCAGCUUAUUCUGGUUCGCCUGGACGGCUUCCCCACCCACCCAUUGGAUCUCUGGAAUCGCGGCUGGCGUGCCCUUUGGUUUUGGCCUUAUUCUGCUUUUCACAGGGAUCACAUCAUAUCUGACAGACUGUUACGGCUUAUUUGGGGCAAGUGCAUUAGCAGCUAAUGCAGUGCUGCGCUCACUAUUUGGGGCCGUGUUUCCCCUCUUUUCAACAGAUAUGUAUCAUGCCCUUGGGGUAUCGUGGGCGACGAGCCUGCUGGGAUUCCUGGCUCUCGCAAUGGCGCCAUUACCCUGGGUGUUUUACCAGUUUGGACCGCGGAUCCGGGCACGGAGCAAGUAUCAUCUACAAACGAGAGAGUACGAGGGGUAG